UCAGUGACCAUUGUGGGGUUUUCUUUCUUUAACGGAAGGGUACCAACAAAUUUGUCCACGUCUGUACCUCAAAAGGGAUGUGAGUAAUAAUAAAAGUGUGAAUGGUCAACUGCAGUAACUUGAUUUUUACUGAUGUGAUGUUUUCAUGUACAAGUAAAUAUUUUAUUGUCUGUAUCUAUGCUUUUAAUAUGUGUCUUGCAAACCAUUCUUUAAGACAUUUGGGAAAAGAUGGUUGAGUAACCUUAUGUCUACAUUAGAGUGUAUUUAUAUGAGAAGCAGAGGCAUAUCAACAUCAACCUAGUCCGUUCUUCCCUAUCUAGUCUAGUGUGUUCUGAAUAGCUAAUGUCAAUAUUUUUUUAUAUCAGAGUUACCUACUCAGAAAUGGUGGAAGACUGGUGAAAAUGAAUGCGCUAGAAUUUAUUUAACCAUUUCCUCGCAAUUCUGUUCAAAUCCAUAUUCAAUCUAGUCAUAUUAAGAAUAGUAGAAGACGCAUACACGUAUUACAAUUGCACAAUAGACCUCUAAGCCACCAGUUAUAUUAAACCAUGGUCAAAAUGGAAACAAAAUGCAGUCGCGGAGGUGAUACUUUUCAUACACGCUGUCACGCCUGGACAGUACAAAGAAGUCUGAAGGCGCAUUUUCCGCCGGAAGUGACGAAGAACGGAAAGUGCGACACAAACAACGCGGCAAAACUCCUGGCUAUUUAAAUAUUAUAAGAGUGAAGUGGGUUGUUGUCACAUAUUUUGGUAACGGAAGGGAAGGUGGAUUGUCCCUUUUUUAAUACACGAUUUCAGGAACAAAUUCAAGGAGAUCAUGGCAGUGCCCUUCGUCCAAGACUGGGAUGUGGUGCAGGAUCUUGGAGAGGGAGCAUAUGGAGUGGUGCGUUUACUGAUGAACAGAAAAACUGACGAGGCAGUGGCCGUGAAGGUCCUUGACACUCAAACUAACACAGAUUGCCUUGAGGUUGUGAAAAAGGAAGUUUGCAUCCACAAGAUGUUGACGCAUACCAACAUAGUGCGUUUUUUUGGACACCGAAAUGAGUCUAAUUUACAGUAUAUAUUCCUAGAGUAUUGCAGUGGAGGAGCACUCUUUGAUCGCAUUGAGCCAGACAUUGGUAUGCCAGAGAGAGAUGCCCACCGAUUUUUCACCGAGUUGAUUGCAGGAGUGGAAUACCUCCAUGGACUGGGAAUCACACAUCGUGAUAUAAAACCAGAAAACCUAUUGCUGGACGACAAAGAUACUUUAAAGAUUGCAGAUUUUGGGCUGGCUACAGUUUUUCGUCAUCGAGGACGAGAGAGGGCGCUCGGACGGGCCUGUGGCAGUCUGCCCUACAUAGCCCCAGAGGUCAUGUCAAGGUCACAGUUUAGAGCCCAGCCUGCCGACAUCUGGUCUUGUGGCAUCGUACUCACUACUAUGUUAACAGGAGAGUUGCCAUGGGAUCAGCCAAGUGAUAACUGUCAGGAGUACGCAGACUGGCUUCAGACGAAGACCUAUCUGAACCCGUGGAAGAAGAUAGAUGCAAUGCCUCUUUGCCUCCUCACUAAAAUCCUGUUACACGACCCUAAGAAGAGAAUCGCCGUCCCUGAAGUUAAUAAACACCCCUGGAUCUGUAAGAAGUUCCGAGCAGGAAUCAAUCAGUCACCCAACAAAAUACUGAAUUCUGGCUGCCGUCUCGGACGGACCAACAGUGAUGACCGAACACAGAUCUCUAGCUCUCAGCCAGAGCCGCAGGAUCUCUGGGAGCUGACCGGUCCUGUCAGCUACACUGAUGGGACCAUGGUCAGCUUUUCCCAGCCAGUCUGCCCAGACCACAUGUUGCUUGGAAGCCAACUGCUUGGCACACCAGGAGCCAGCCAGAGUCCCUGGCAGCGGCUGAUAAGGAGAAUGACCAGGAUUACUACUGCACUAUCUGCUGAGGAGGCAAGCAAGGAUCUCAAAACUGUCUGUAUAUCGCUGGGCCACACAUGGAAACAGACAUGCACCAAUCAGGUGACAGUCACCACAAAUGAUCGCCGUAAUAACAAGCUAAUCUACAAAGUUUAUUUCCUGGAUGUGGAUGAAGGAACCCUGGUGGAUUUCAGACUUUCAAGGGGUGAUGGAUUGGAGUUCAAGAGAUACUUUGUGAAGAUCAAAGAGAAGUUUUCUCAUAUUCAGAAGCAGAAGGUCUCCGUUUCCUGAUGAAGGACCAGGCUGUUGGUGCCCUCAGACUUGUGCCACACUGUAACAUAUUGCAUCAUGUCUUGACCAAAACCCAGCACACAUUCUGUCAAUUAUGUCAAACAAGAUUUCUGUGUUAAUAGGUUUAUUAGUUGCACCCAUAAAACCAUGAAAAAUAAAAAAUGAAGACAAUAUUGGUGAGUUGAAAGUGUUCAAGUGUAGCUCUGUUUUUGCCUAUACUGUAUCAAGACAUUUGGUAAUGUAUUUAAUGUGUAAACCUUUUCUCUGUUUUCUAUGUUUUUUCUGUCCUCUUAUUGUCUGGCUCUAGAAGUAUGUCUCUAGAUGUUCCUCUGGUUGUUGAGUUGCAGGCUAAUAAACUUAAUCCAAACAAAA